AUGGCAGAGGCUUUGUGGGAGCGCAGAAGAGCCGCUUUGCUGCCUGGGAGCUGCUGCAGCCACCACAGAACUGUCAGCACGGAGCGGGCAGGGGCGAAGGCCGUCCUCUGCAGCUCCCGGCAUUUGGAGGAGAUCCCAAAGGACAUCCCCAGGGACGCGGUGUUCCUCAAGCUGGAUGCUAACAGCAUCACCAGGAUCCCCAGCAACGCCUUCAGGCACCUCUCUCACCUGGAGGAGCUCGAUCUUUCCAGGAACGCCAUCGAGAAGAUCGACAGGGCGGCUUUCAAAGGGGUGGCUGCCGGGCUGCGGACCCUCGACCUCUCCAGCAACCGCAUCCGUAGCAUCCCCAAGGAAGCCUUGCUGGCACUCAACGCCAAGCUCCGGCUGGCCAACAACCCCUGGCACUGUGAAUGUGCCUUGCAGGAGGUGUUGUGGGAGGCACGGUUGGACCCCGACUCCGUCCAGGACAUCACCUGCCACACGGCCCCACAGGAAGAAUACGUGGGCAAACCGCUGCUCCAGGUCCUGGAUGCUGGCGUCAACUUCUGCAGCGUGCGUCAGAGGACCACGGACGUGGCCAUGUUCAUCACCAUGUUCGGCUGGUUCGCCAUGGUCAUCGUCUACGUGAUCUGCUACGUCCGGCACAAUCGCGAGGACGCCUGCAAGCAUGUGGAGUACCUGAAGUCACUGCCGAGCACCCAGGGCCACGCAGAGACUACCAGCACCACCCUGUAG